UGUUUCCAGAAGCUACCGGCGAGCUAACAACUGAGAGUACAGAGUUGUACACGCUAAUGCUAACAGGCUAUUUGUGUUGUUCUUUUAUUAGUUUGAAAAGUUUUUUUUUCCUGUCUGUUCGGCGCUGUUCGGCUGUUACUUGUGGAGUGAUAAAACUAGUUUAUGUAAAUCUCAUUAUUUUAGUGAAAUCAUAGGAUUAAGGGAUAAAAGCAGGCAGAAGGAAUUACACUGGGUGCUGUGUUGUUUACGUUUAGCUGAAUGCUAACCUGCCAGCUGUUCUUGCGCAACUCUGCUGUCAGCUGCAGCAAAGAUUUCAACAACAAUUAUUAGGUUUUAAACUUUUCAUUUUAGACCAGCAGCGUAGUUGCGGGUGUUUAAAUUGUUGUCUGGAGACACAGCGCCGUUCACAUCCGUAACCCGUCCGGAUAAGCGGUAAACUCAUAAGCCAUCAACUGGUUGUGUUGGUUAGGGAAAAGUCUGUGCAAGUUUUCUGAAUACCAGGGAUUUUGAACAAAAGCUUAGUUUCAGCUCUGAAAGUAACAUUUCAGGUUUUCACCAAACCUGAAAAAAAAUCUGUUGUGAAACGUUCCUUACCAGACAAAAUAUUUAGUAUUAUUAUUAUUAUUAUUAUUAUUAUUAGUAGGAGUGUUUUGUUGGUCUUGUGUGUGACAAACCAGCACAAAUUAUUGUGUGAAAGUGAAAUGUUUUCAUAAUUCUCCAUGAAUAAUUAUUUGAAAAGUGUAAAAUGCAUUUGUAUCGAGUGGUGAAAUGUGAAGCAAAUUAUAACCCAAAGUAUGCAAUCAGAAUACAGAUCACAAAAUUUGUGUUUUAGAGUGGCUCAGUUAAAAUCCGAUAUUUGAAAUUCCUUUAAAAAUACCUGAGUUUGUUUAGUAUAAAGAGGAUUAGGCAACAUUUUUAGUUGCUCGAUGUGCAAAAGGCCUUUCUGAGAAAGGUUCAUUGUUUUCUAUGUAUGUGGGUAAUGGCUGUAGUUAUAAAGCAACCUUUUUCAUGAUUGAUGUUGAUUCCACUUUUUGCAUUUGUUGUUCAAUUUCUCUAUUUCAGGGUACAGUGUGUUCCUUUUUGAGAAUUUCUAACCUACAACAUGGCAGGUUCUGUUUAAGUGAUUAAAAAUAAUAAUUAUAAGAAGAAGAUUACAGGUCUGGCAGUAAUCAGGGUUCCGCUUUUGAACACACUCCCCCGCUGCAGGCAGGAACAACUUUAAAAUGGAGAACCUGCAUCCACACUGCCUUAAGUGCAUCAACAGACGGUGCAUGGCCAAACCAGAGCCGGGUGUCUCCUGCAAUCUGGUUGGCUGUCCUCUCGUCUGCGGGGCCGUUUUUCACUCCUGCAAGCUGGAUGAACAUCGUCUCCUGUGUCCCUACGAAAGACUGCCUUGCCUAAACAGCGGCUUUGGCUGCCCCUUCACCAUCAAGAGAAUCAAAAUGGCGCAGCAUCUGGAGACAUGCCCUGCCAGCAUAGUUUGUUGCACAAUGGAGUGGAACCGGUGGCCUGUGAGCUACGCCGAUCACAAGUCCUACGAGAACCUGAGCAAAGACUUUGACGAGGUGGAGCAGCUGGACAUGGCUUUAGCUCUUCAGGAUCAGAGGAUGCUAUUGGAGUCGCUGAAAGUUACGACCAAUGUGUCAAAGAACGGAGAAAAGGGAGCAGGCUAUGGUGAUGAAAUGGUGUCGGUGUUGGGCAGUGAAACAGUAGAAAUGGAGGAAGAACCUUACAACAACUUGUACAGAGCUUCAGGGGAGGCGACCAGGAGCUUAGCUGCUGCGCUGGACAUCCUCACUAAUUCCAACAACAUUGGCAAAAUCAUCGAAAAUAUAAAUGGAGAUAAGAAUGGAUUGACCCAUAAUGGAGAAAAUGGGGAAAGCAGUCUUGUUGCUGAAGGCGGGAGGAACGUAGAAAUGCUUGAUAGUAACAGUGAUUCAGAGUGUGAGCUGGGGGCUGUGGGUGGAGUCGAUUGCGCCGUAGAAACGGACGGAGAUGACGAUGCUGCUAACUGGUCUGAAGAAAGGAACUUUGUGGAAUUGCAUUUUGAGAAAAAAGAUGUCGUCAUCAACCAACCAAAUCAAAACGGUGACCUUGUCUGGCCUCGCAUCCCUCAGGACUACAUACCCCUCGUAGCACCAGAGCCGCCCACGCAUCAGCUGGUCCCGCUCACACCGCCAUUCCUGGUGUCGGAUCAAGUGAGAAGGAGCUUCUGCAGGUAUCGGUGUUGGAAGCAGAACUUAGAAGUGCUCAGCAUGUUUACAUAUAACGUCCCCCAGGCCCUAAUCAACCCUUACUUGUUUCGAGCAAAAAUGGAGGACAAAGCGGUGGACACGUCUGACCUGGAGGUAGAGGAGGACCCGAUGGGGCUCCACGGCAUUGACCUCAUCACUGCAGCGUUGCUGUUUUGCCUCGGGGAUUCCCCGGGAGGCCGGGGGAUCUCCGACAGCAGGUUUGUCGACGGCUACCACAUUGACUUUGGCACUCAGACAUUCUCCUUCCCUUCCGCCAUCCUCGCCACGAACACCAUGGUGGGCGACAUCGCCUCGGCCUCGGCCUGCGACCACGCCAGUCCGCAGCUUUCCAACCCCAGCCCAUUCCACACGCUGCGGCUGGAACUGGUGCUCGAAUGCGUCGCGCGGUACCAAACUAAACAGCGCUCCAUGUUCACGUUUGUGUGCGGGCAGCUUUUCCGACGCGACGAGUUUUCGUCUCACUUCAAGAACGUCCACGGGGACAUCCACGCCGGACUCAACGGCUGGAUGGAGCAGCGUUGCCCCUUGGCGUACUACGGCUGCACUUACUCCCAGAGGCGCUUCUGUCCGUCCGUGCAGGGCUUUCGGAUCAUCCACGACAGACACCUGGGUUCCUUUGGGGUGCAGCCCGGAUUGCCUUUAAAAACCGGAGACGGCCACUCAAGAAAGCCCCACCACAUCGACGCUCAGUACGAUCAGUUUAGCAGUCUUCCUUUUGAGGUGUUGCAGCACAUAGCGAGCUUUCUCGACAGUUUCAGUCUGUGCCAGCUGUCCAGAGUGUCUCGCACCAUGAGGAACGUGUGCGCCAGUCUGCUUCAGAUGCGUGGCAUGGUCGUCCUGCUAUGGGAGAAGAAGCGGCGCGACGACGGGUCUCCUUCGUGGCAAAUAACGCACAAGGUGUGGCGCUUCAGCACGGCCUUCGGCACGGUGAAUGAAUGGAAGUUCGCCGACAUCGCCAGCAUGGCUGACCACCUGAAGAAGUGCAAGUUCAACACGAUCGCCCGCCGGGAGGAAGCCAUCCCUCUGCCGUGCAUGUGCUUCACCAGGGAGCUCACGAAAGAGGGAAGAUGUUUACGAUCGGUUCUCAAACCUGUAGCGUGAACACUGACAACAUUUUUUUGACACCUCUUUUUUAUUUUUUUUAACUGACCAAGAAAACUUUGAUCUACUUGUACUUUCUUCAGCGUUUACAGACAUUUACUCUCUUCACGCUUCGAAACUGCAACUCCACUUGGAACAGUGUCAAUUUCAGGUUAUUCUUUGUUUCACUUUAAUUUACAGGAGACUAUGUCAGCAAGGUGUUGUGGUUCAGCUGAGGUCUCAUUGAAAUUCUAACGACUUUCUCCAUAGCAACUCAAAUGGUUCCACUAAAACGUAUAUCGGCUCCGUUUUAAAUAGAGAUUAGAUUUUUACUGAAAUAGAACGUGGCGAUAAUCAAUAUCUAUUAUGAUUUACCUAAAUUUUCCCCACUACUUUCUUUUUUUUUUCAUCAUCAGAAGGAUCUUGAUCAGGGAAAGACGAAGAAUAGUGAAAGUUCACCUUAGCAAAAUAUACAAGAUUAUUCCUAUUUUUGGAUCAAAACAAAUGCCUACAACCUAUAUAUAUAUAUACGUUUUGCUAAACCAUUCUAUAUAAUGAAUGUUUUUUUUUAUUUAAUGACUUAAAAUCAAAUACUACUUAACGUCUGACAGAUUUAAUCUUAGUGAGUUGUCUUCACUGCUUUUAGCUGGUUAAAACUCUUUUUCACAGCUUUAUUAGAACAUAUUGAAACUGACCAAACACCUGAGCAGAAGUUGGAUGUUUCACAGGAUCCUUCUGCUUCCAGCUCACCAUCGUUGGUGUGUCGACAUUGCCGUGUGUUUUGUCUUCAUUUCUACUUUUCAUUUCUGAGUAAUUAUCCGGCUUAUUCAGGGUGAAACGAGAAACCCUAUUCUCCAGUCUGUUUGGCCAAACGUUACCAGCAGAUUUACUUUAUUUUAUUUUAUUUUUUUUGUGGGUUCUUUGCUCCAAAAAUCUAAAUGGCGCAACGAGAUGAUUAUGAAUGUACUUGGUGAAAACAUAAGUGACAUAGAACCCUGCUGGCCAGGUUUUAGGAAGCAUACCUGACUAUUUUGAACAUCACUACUUCUUUUCAUCUUUCAUUUUGAUGUGUUGAAUGUGUUUGCCAUUACCUGCCAGGUGGGUAGAAAUGGAUGGCGUCUCAGGGUUUUAGGAUGUUUUUGUCGUGAUGUUGGUUGUGAGACAACGAUCACAGCGCGCGGUUUCCAAACUGACAGUAUGACGAGCCCAGUUUGUAGUGCAGCAAUAGAGAAAUCUAAGAUUUUAUGGGUGUUUUUCUUUUUUCUGUUGUUUUUUUCUCAUUGUGGAGUUCAUUUCAUUAGCAUAAACGCGUUUUGAAACACCGUGUGUUUUGUUUCUAUUUGAAAGAAAAUGCUUGAAUCUUUUUUAAUAAAAGGUAGCGGAAAAUGUCAGCUACUUUAGGUUUUAGCUGCCAGUUUUCAUUUUUGUUUUUCUUUCCCCCCUCUUUAUGUAUAUAUAUUUUUUAGAAGUUGCUGUAAACUCAAAACUUUAUUUUUUAUCCACUUGUGCUAUCAUAUUUUUUCUUUUUUUUUUUUUUAAGAAACCUGCCUCAGUUAGGUGUAGAUGUGAAUUAUUGAUUUGCACAUGAAUGCAUGUACUGUAAACUCCUAAAGGUGACCGGUUUGUUUUUGCUUGACAUUUUACUGUCACUCUGCAUGUGAGUUUGAAACAUAUAUUGAUCAGUUCAGUUGCAAAUAUUUUUAGGUGUCUGGGUUACUUUUUUCAUUUUCUUUUAACUUGAACCACCAGGUGUUUAAGCUAUACUUCAUCACAUGUGCCCAGUGUUCAAAUUUAAACAGACGUAUGUAUACUAAGGGAACUAGAGAAAAAAAUUAAUCUGCUGAUUAUUAUUUUCUAAAUAGCCACUUUUUUUGUGUCUGCAGUGUGUUGACAGUAUUUUAAAUUUUAUUUUCACUCCAGUGUUUUUUUUUUUCUUGCACCAAAGUAUGUCCAUUUGUUUGUAGGUAAUAAAGUGAUCUGCCAGUUUU